GAACGAGCGAACGACAGGGUGGACUGCAGUUGGAGGAGUGGGAGAGAGGUGUUGAGUGCUUGUGACAGGUCUAAAUAUGUCAAGGCCUACAAGUGUGUCACCACGGCCUGGGAGUGCCCAGUCAAGCCAAGCUGCCUCUAAAGCUAAGGGAUUUAAGGAUAUUCGGAUUGAAGAAGAAGUGAAAAUUGCAGUUAACAUCGCCCUUGAGAGGUUCCGAUACGGUGAUCAAAAAGAAAUGGAAUUUCCAUCUUCUUUGACUAGUACAGAAAGGGCAUUUAUUCAUCGUCUUGCCCAGUCCCUUGGCCUGAUUUCUAAAAGCAAAGGAAAAGGAGCACACAGAUUUCUUACGGUAAAGAAAAAAGAUGGCUCUGAGAUGGCUCAGGCUGUCAUGACCUGUACUCUAACUCACAGUAUGAAGCAUGCCAUUCGCAAUUUAAUUCAGAGGUUUCCUGUUACUAAUAAAGAGCGCACAGAUCUUUUGCCCAAAACUGAACGUGGGAAUGCAUUAACUGUUGAAGCAGAAAACAACAGAGAGAUGAAUAAGACCAGUGGUAGACUCAAUAAUGGUAUUCCUCAAGUACCACCAAAACGUGGAGAUUCUGAAUUGGAUGCCUUUCGGCAGUCGCUUCCAGUUUUUGAAAAGCGGGAUGAAAUAGUGAAAAUCAUAAAAGAGAACAGAGUGAUUUUAAUAGUUGGAGAAACAGGAUCUGGAAAAACCACGCAGAUUCCCCAGUUCCUUCUUGAUGACUGUUACAAGUAUGGAAUACCUUGUCGUAUAUUCUGUACCCAGCCUAGGCGACUUGCAGCUAUUGCUGUAGCAGAAAGGGUUGCUGCAGAGCGGGGUGAGAAGAUUGGGCAGACUAUUGGUUAUCAGAUUCGACUGGAGAGCAGGGUUUCCCCAAAGACACUGUUAACCUUUUGUACAAAUGGAGUACUACUUCGAACACUAAUGGCAGGAGAUGGCACCUUAGCAGCUGUUACACAUGUGAUAGUUGAUGAAGUGCAUGAGCGAGAUAGGUUUAGUGAUUUCUUACUAACUAAACUGAGGGAUCUGAUGCAAAAACAUCCGUCGCUAAGGCUUAUACUUUCUAGUGCAGCUUUGGAUGUUAAUCUCUUCAUCAGAUACUUUACCGGCUGUCCUGUAAUUUACAUUCAGGGGAGACCAUUUGAAGUAAAAGAACUCUUUUUAGAGGACAUCUUACGCACAACUGGAUAUACAAACAAAGAAAUGUUAAAGUAUAAAAAAGAGAAACAACGAGAGGAAAAACAGCAAACAAACUUAAAUGAGUGGUAUAAAGCUAAGGAGACCAGCAGUGCCAGCAGAUCCGAAUAUCAAAGACAAAGAUUUAUUCCGAGCCUGACAGCAGAAAAUGAUUUGCUCGAUGAUGGCGGAGACAGUGUUUUCAGUCAGUUGAAUGAAAAAGAUGUUAAUUCUCUUGAGCCUUGGCUUAUAAAGGAAAUGGAUGCCUGCCUCUCAGAUAUUUGGCUGCACAAAGAUGUUGAUGCUUUUGCUCAGCUGUUUCAUCUUAUUUUAAGUGAAAAUGUCAGUGUUGACUAUAGGCACAGUGAAACAAGCGCUACACCCUUAAUGAUAGCAGCAGGUCGGGGCUUCCUCAGUCAAGUGGAGCAGCUACUCAGCAUGGGAGCAAAUGUCAGUGUUAAGGCUUCCAAUGGCUGGAUAGCUUUGGACUGGGCUAAACGAUUUGGUCAAAGUGACAUUGUAGAUCUUCUAGAAUCUUUCAAUUCUUCAAUAGAUUUAGGAAAUUUGGAUGAGUGUGUCCUGGUCCAGUCAAACGGUGGUGAGUUAAGUCAAGAAGAUAAAGAUGUUUUAAGUGUCUACCACCACAGCUUUGAUGAUGAAAAGGUUGACCUGGAUCUAAUUAUGCACCUUCUUUAUAACAUUUUUCAGAGCUCUGAUGAUGGUGCAGUUUUAAUAUUUUUACCAGGAUAUGAUGAAAUUGUAGGACUCAGAGAUCGCAUACUGUAUGAUGACAAAAGAUUUGCUGAUAAUUCCCACAAGUUGCAGGUUUUUAUGCUUCAUUCAAACAUGCAGACAUCUGAUCAAAAGAAAGUGUUAAAAAGUCUACCUAAUGGAAUUCGUAAGAUUAUUCUUUCCACAAAUAUUGCAGAGACGAGUAUUACUGUCAAUGAUGUGGUAUUUGUCAUUGAUUCUGGGAAAGUGAAAGAGAAAUCAUUUGAUGCACUGAACUCUGUCACAAUGUUAAAAAUGGUAUGGAUCUCUAAAGCGAGUGCUGUUCAGAGGAAGGGCAGGGCAGGGCGCUGCCGACCAGGAAUUUGUUUUCACCUAUUUAGCAGAUUACGAUUCCAAAACCUGUUAGAGUUUCAGACACCAGAAUUGCUGCGGAUGCCAUUGCAGGAACUUUGCCUACAUACCAAACUGCUGGCUCCAAUCAAUUGUCCAAUUGCAGACUUCCUUGCAAAAGCACCAGAACCUCCACCUUCACUUAUUGUUAGAAAUGCAGUUCAGAUGCUCAAGACUAUAGAUGCCAUGGAUAGUUGGGAAGAUCUAACAGAACUUGGUUAUCACUUAGCGGAUCUUCCUGUGGAGCCUCAUCUGGGAAAGAUGGUUCUUUGUGCUGUAGUUUUAAAGUGCCUUGAUCCUAUUCUCACUAUUGCCUGCACUCUGGCCUAUCGAGAUCCAUUUGUUCUACCAGUACAACCUUCGCAAAAGCGUGCUUCAAUGUUGUGCAGAAAACGCUUUGCUGCAGGGACAUUUAGUGAUCACAUGGCUCUUUUAAGAGCUUUCCAGGCUUGGCAAAAAGCUCGGAGUGAUGGCUGGGAGAGAGCAUUCUGUGAAAAAAACUUUCUUUCUCAAGCUACUAUGGAAAUCAUUAUUGGCAUGAGAACCCAAUUAUUGGGACAACUCAGGGCAUCAGGUUUUGUGAGAGCACGUGGGGGUGGUGACAUUCGAGAUGUAAACACAAACUCUGAGAAUUGGGCUGUGGUGAAAGCUGCUUUAGUUGCAGGCAUGUACCCAAAUCUUAUCCACGUUGACAGAGAGAAUUUAUUGCUGACUGGGUCCAAAGAAAAGAAAGUCAGAUUUCACCCUACUUCUGUUCUCAGCCAACCACAGUAUAAGAAGAUUCCUCCAGCAAACGGACAAGCUGUGGCUGUUCAAGCAUUGCCCACUGACUGGCUUAUUUAUGAUGAAAUGACAAGAGCACACCGAAUAGCUAAUAUACGUUGCUGUUCUGCUGUAACGCCAAUAUCUGUAGUUUUGUUUGGUGGUCCAGCGAGACUAUCAAGCAGUGCGUUACAAGAGCCCUCUUCCCCUCGAGGUAACACAUACAUAGAUGGUGUCACUAAUGACAGUAGCGAUAGUGAAAUGGAAGACAAAUCUACUUCUAAAAUGGCAACUUUAAAACUGGAAGAGUGGCUAAAUUUUAGAAUAGACCCUGAAGCAGCAAGUCUUAUCUUACAGUUACGACAGAAAUGGCACAGUCUAUUCUUGAGACGUAUGCGUGCUCCAUCAAAACCUUGGACUCAGGUAGAUGAGGCAACUAUCAGGGCAAUCAUUGGAGUUCUUAGCAGUGAGGAGCAAGCAGCAGGGUUGCAACAACCUUCCGGAAUUGGACAAAGACCGAGACCGAUGUCUUCAGAAGAACUUCCUGUCUCCUCAUCUUGGAGGUCAAACAGCAGGAAAAGCUCAGCUGAAACAGAGUUUUCGGAUGAUUCUUCCAGUGUGGAGUUCCGGGAAAGGGUUCAGUUAAAGUCGCAACAGCAGCAGCAGCAGCAAAGAUACAAAGAGCGGGGCUUCCUCCAUCCUAAGAGGAGUGCUGAUGACAGGUCAGAUCAGUCAUCUGUAAAAUCAACAGACAGCAGUAACUAUCCUAGCCCCUGUGCCAGCCCAUCUCCACCACCUUCAGGCAAAGGCUCUAAAUCUCCAUCGCCGAGGCCAAAUGUACCAGUACGAUUUUUCAUUUUGAAGAGCAGCAAUCUUCGUAAUCUUGAGAUUUCUCAACAAAAAGGAAUCUGGUCCACUACACCCAGCAAUGAACGUAAACUAAACCGUGCAUUUUGGGAAAGCAGCAUUGUGUAUCUCGUAUUUUCUGUGCAAGGAUCAGGGCACUUCCAGGGCUUUGCCAGAAUGAUUUCAGAGAUUGGACGGGAGAGAAGCCAGGAGUGGGGGUCUGCUGGGCUAGGAGGAGUGUUCCGAGUUGAAUGGAUAAGAAAGGAAAGCCUUCCUUUCCAAUAUGCCCACCAUCUGUUGAACCCAUGGAAUGAUAAUAAGAAAGUCCAGAUAAGCAGAGAUGGACAGGAAUUGGAGCCACAGGUUGGGGAACAAUUGCUGCAGCUCUGGGAACGAAUUCCAAUAGGAGGGAAGCUACCACAACCAGAUAGCAGACUUGCCAUUUUUGGGGAGUCUUAGAUUUCAUCUGCUCCAUAUAGUCCAUUUUACAACAACUGUGGAAACUGCACCUACUGCCUAGUUUGUUUUGCUAAACUGAAGAUGAACAGGAGUGCAAAUCCAGCUUACUCUGCAUAGAAUUUUGUAAACGUUAAACGUCGUUCGGACCAAGUUAUGCUUAAAACUGACACGUGAUUGAUUAUUAAGAUAUGGUGGAAGAUGGAAACAGAAACUGUUUAAUAUUUGUGAGCUUGUCUGAUAAGAAAACUAGUUAAAUCUUGUUGAACUGUUCUGUUGCUGUUUCUGUACUGUGAAGGAAUAGUUUCCACUGCAUUUGAUUUCAGACUGAGUCUGUGAAAGAGACACUGUAUUUUCCCCUAGGCUGCCUGAAGCAUACCAUUUGGAAAUAACCUUUUCUCUGCCAGAAAUGUUUUAUGUUUAAAAAACGACUUACAGAUUAUAUUAACAUACUUGGAGAAAAUUCUGUAGAACUGCGAUAUGAGGAUUGAUAUUAUUUUUGACCUCUUAAAUGUUACUGUUUCUUAAUUAGAAGAAAAUCCAUCAAACAUGUCUACACUAUAGCAGUCAAAUUAAAUCUUCAGACAAGUUUUGAAUUGCCUUUACUGUAUAGCAUACAUUCACCUGCCCAGUUCACUUUAUUGUGACUGAAUUUUCCAGUAAAACUGUACCAGGUUAAAAGUAUUUGAAACAUAUUGUUUAAACUGAUUAUAAUACAUACACAGAUCACAACCCUGUGGGCAGGAUUCUGAGUAUUACAGCAGAAAAUACUUUGAAACAGUUGUGCCAAGAUGGUACAUAAUUGAUAUUACUGGUUUAUUUUGACCCAAAGAACCAGUAAAAAGUGGAUCAGAAUUUUUAGGUAUUAUCUCAAAAGUGUAAGAGCAUUGCUAGCUAAAACUGGUGGCCAUGUUGAAACUUGUAUAGCUGUUAAAUAGAUUGUGUUUAAGCUUUGCACAGAAAACAACUUCCUCUUCAGCCUCAAAAACUUUGAACUUGCAAGAAAUCGUAAAAACAACAGUGGUGUUCAAUCAUUAUGUUGUCUGAAGUUUAUUGUUGGUCGUAAUGCAACUUAGUUUAAUGGUUACUAGCCUCAUUCUAAACCUUUAGGUUUACAUCUACAUCUGGUAGACUGAACUACUCAGCACUUUGAGGCAUGUGGUAAAAGUUUAAAAUAUAAACUAGUAAUGUAUUUAUUAUGUUGUACACAAUGUAGUGUAUGUUUGGUGGGAAAUGAAUAAGGUGAUUCUUCAUAUAUCAAUGUCAGUGGGGACAUUUUUCAUUGCUUUGUGACAAACUCCUCAAGUCAAACCUCUUCAAUAAAAUAUUUCUUAGAUUAAUUUUAUGAUCCAGCCGAAAUGCUCGGGCUUUAGCAAAGCAGUCACGAAGAACCAAAUUCUACAUGGAGUUUAGUUGUAGGUGAACAGUCAUUUAAAGAAAGCUUGGGCUGUUUUGAUUUGUUGUAUUUCACCUUAAUUUAAUCAUAACUGAGGAUAAAAUUUCUACAUCUGACUCUUGAUUUUGCAAUUUGACUUUUUGCAUCACCAAGCUGCCAUUUGUAUUGCUGUGAACUGAUGUACUAAGCCUGGUGUUGGAUUCAUCAACAAUCAUUUUUGAUAUGUAGAAUAUAACUGCAUCAAGGAAAGUAACAGCAAGUUCUCAACUUUAUUAGUUGCUGAAUGGGGUUAUGUAGAUCCAUACACGCAAGCAAAUAUAACUUACUCACGACUCCUACCAGUUGGUUUAUCUGGAACUUACAGCGACUUUAGAAGGAGCUUGCUAGUCUGACAUUGCAGAGCUAAACAAUAUGAUUGAUUCAAGCAUAAAGCUUUCAUCUCUGUUUAUGAUGGCUAAUAAGGAUCAUAAAGCUAAAUGAGAUCGGGCAGUCUCAGUACAAAGGACUGGAGUCAGAUGAUUAGCACUGUUCAAUUUGGAAGAUAUGGGGAAAUAGAAAUGUCUGUAGCAAGAAAUGCACUUAAGCUCAGUCAUGCUUCAGUCUUCAUAUUAGGACAAUAUUAGAUCAGAGGCUUUAUGUUGUCACUCUGUUCAAAGGAACAGUCUUUCAUUUUCAGCAGUUGUCCAUAUCUUGGUAAAUGCAAAAGUUACAAAAUUUGUGUAAAUGCUCGGAUUUGAGGACCAUCUGUUUGCAUUGUUGGGCAGAAAACCUUGUGACAAAAUCUUUGUUCCCAAAUUAUUUUUGAAAAAAAUCUUACAGUAAAGAUCACAACAGUAGAUGAUUGUACUGACUGAAACAUAAUACAUGAUUUAUUCCCAAAGAUUUAACUGUCUUGCAUACAUUUUGACUUCAGCUGAUUGACAUUUACAUUGGAGAAAAAAGAUAUUAUUUCUCGUACAAAUUGUAUCUUUACAUGUGCAGUUGAUUUUUUUAUUUUUGAUGUUUGACAAUGACAUUUUUAAUUAAGGAGGAUAAUUGAAAGAAUAAACUAUUUUGUGUCUA